AUGAACUAACAGAAAUUGUUUAUGUGUUAAGAUAUUACGCACGAUGAAGGAGAUAUCUAAGGAUUUUGCUUAAAUUUGGAUUGCUAGAAUUCCAAAUCAUAAUUCUGUACUUAAUGUGCAAUUGACCCAAAGAAGCAUAGUAAUUGCAAGAAAGACUUAAAAGUAUUUGGCUAGAUUUAAAAUUUGAUCACUUAAUUCAAAUACAAUAUUUUUGAUUUAACAGACCAAUUGAAUAAUUCCUUUUAAAAUGCCAAAUUCAAAUUUGAAGAAUAUUUGAAGUCAUUAGAGAGAAUGAAAACCUAAUUAGAUAAGAUUUCUAAAUGUUUCAAUCAAUAGGAUUAUUAAUAAAUGAGAGAAAGUUUGUCAAUGAUUAAGGAGUUAUAUCAGUAUUUCAAUAAUUAAGAGGAGAUCAUGAUACAGAAUAAAAUUGGUAUUAUAUAUUCGUAAUAUUCAUAGGAACUUAAUUAAAUAAUGUCAAAAAAAUGAUUGCAACUUUGGAAGGAAAUAAAGAAUAAUAAUUUACUCAAAGUAAUUAAAUAGACAUUUAAAGUACUUUCUAGCAAGGUAUGCGAGUGCAUUAAUUAUAAUUAGGAGUAUAAUUACUAAAUUUGAAGAAAUGGCAGUUGGCUAAUAAACAAUUAACUGAAAAUAUAAAAUACUUGGAGAAAUAAAUAUCUUUUAAUAAAUUCUUUCAAGGUACCUCUAAUUUUUAUUUUUAGGCCUAUCCUUAAUCGAAAUGAAUUAACCUGGAAAAGGAAUCACAAUGAGAGAAUAGGCCAAAAAAAUUAAUAGCAAUUUGUAUAAAGAUCUAUUAGAAUAUACUGAUUUAGAACUAUGUAAAAGUCCAUAAAAUACAUUUAUGUUAAUUGCAAAAAGUUAAUUAAAUCAAUUAUUUUUUAUAGACUACGCAUUAGCUGAUGAAAAGAAAUAUUAAUUAGCAAUUUAAUAAUGCGAAUUAGUUUUGAAGGAAGAACCUGAUCAUUUGCAUGCUUUAUUUAGAAAGAGUAUUCAUUUAUAUUAAAAGUAGGUUUUUCCUUAUAUCAUUAAAAAUAACAUUCUUAAGCAAUUUCUUGCAUUGAUUAAGCCCUCUAAUAAUAUUAAAACUAUUGUAUGGGUUAUCUUAUGAAAGGUUUAUUCUUUUGGUUAAUUACGAGGUUGUUCAUUAGAAGAGCUGAAAAAAUACAGUGAUGCUAUUAUAUGUUAUGAGAAAGCAAUCCAAAUAGAUCCAAAUUUUGCGAGUGCCUAUAUUAAUAAGGGUUUCAUUUGUUCUAUUUAAUAGGUAACUCUUUAAAGAAUCUUAACAAAUAUAAUGAUGCGAUGAUUUAUUACGAAAAAGCAAUAGAAAUAGAUCCAAAAUAUCCAGUUGCCUAUGUUAAUAAGGGUUAUUACUGAUUUAUAUUUUAGCAGGAAAUUUCUUAAAAUUUCUUAAAAAAUAUAAUGAUGCAAUUAAUAGCUACGAUUAAGCAAUAGAAAUAGAUCCAAAUUACACGAUAGCCUAUAUUUAUAAGGGUUUUUAUUUUUAGUAUUUCCAUAGGUAAUACUUUAGAGGAUCUCCAGAAAGGUAACGAUGCAAUUAUUUGCUACGAUAAGGCGAUUGAAAUAGAUCCGAAUGAUGUUGUUGCCUAUAUUUAUAAAGGUUUUUAUUUUAGAUAUUGUAAUAGGAAAUUUUUUAAAAAAUCAAAACAAACUUCAUGAGGCAGUUGAUUUCUAUGAUAAAGCAAUAUUAUUAGAUCCGACAAAUGAUGAGGCCUAUUAUAACAAAGGUUAUUCUUUUUGUAUUUUAAUAGGUAUCUGUUUAACAAAAAUGAACAAGCUUUAAUCAGCUCUAGAUAAUUAUGAGGAAGCAAUUAAGUGGUGCAAAUCGAAUAAAAAUGAGUUUAGAGAACUAAUUUAGUAAAUAGCAAUUAAGAAAUGA